AUGUAUUUCUGGCCAUAUGCAUUUAUGCAGCCAGUAGCAGGUCUUCUUGCUGAUGUUAUUGAACCACGUUAUAUAAUUUCUACAUUUUCUUGUAUCACUGCAAUAGGUACACUAAUUAUCGGAUUCUCUCAUAAUUACAUUCUUUCGUGCUUUGCCAGAUGCUUGGUUGGUAUUGGAACAGGUCCAAUAUAUGUUCCUAUAGUUAGAAUUAUGGCAGAUUUAUAUUCACCUAGCUGGUUCAAUUUGCUAAACGGUAUUACGAUGUCCUGUGGAUCUCUCGGUGGAAUCCUUGCUGCUGGCCCUCUAGCUACAAUAGUUAAACAUAUCAAAUGGGAAUACACUUUUUAUGCUACGGCUGCAAUCGGAUUUAUCAUAUCUAUACUAGCACUCUUAUUCCUUGUUGCUCCACAGACUUUUGAGAAGAAAGAAACAUUUAAAGGUAAAGUUAUUCAAUUAUGGGCGAAUUUCAAAGUAGUUUCUCUCAAUCCAUCAUUUUGGAAACUUGUUUCAUGGAGUUUCACAUCAGCGCCCACAUUUUUCAUUCUAACUUCAUUUUGGGCUGCAAAUUAUUUGACAUCUGUAUUUUCUUACACUCAAGAACAUGCUGGCUACAUUAUAAUGAUGCUGAGUAUUGCAACAAUUGUAGGUUCACCUGUUUUGGCCUUUCUCAGUGAAACUUUGCACACAAGAAAAUAUAUUGUUAUAUUUGGUGCUCUUUUAACAUUGUCAAUUAACAUUACAUUCUUUUUCAUCAAAGAAAAGAUACACGAAGUAUUUGUAUGGAUACUUCUCUUCCUUUACGGCUUAUCCACAUCAGCAGUUGUUCCUGUUGCUGUGACAAUGUUCAAAGAAAUGACAACCAAAGAAUCAACGGCAACAGCAGCUGGUCUGGCGAAUUUCUACGCAACAGUUACAUGCGUAAUAUUCCAGGCAAUUAUUAAUGCAACUGUGAGAGCUGUUGAUCCUCCAGGAACUAAAGUACACACAAUCAAAGCAUAUCGACUAGGUCUUUGGCUGCCUAAUAUUAUUGUUUGUAUAUUGUCAUUGAUUGGACCGAGUUUAGUUCAAGAUACAUACGGAAAAGAAUCGAAUGAUGAAGAAGUAAACAAUCAUUGGCUUACAGCAGGAAGUGAAACAUCCAAUUAUACGUAG